AUGCGUUUCAGCAUUUUGGUUGCGCCUGUUGUGGCCGCGUUUGUUGCGAGUUGUAGCAGUUUUGUCAGCGCAGAAGUCGCUGCUCUCGAUGGCUACACCUACGACGGCAAGGAAGUGGUCCGUCGUCUUCGAGAAGAUAGUGACGUUCAAGAGGAGAGGUACCCUGGUAUUGAAUCCAUUAAAAAUGGAAUAGCACGAAUUCAAAAAAGUGUAUCCGGUAAACUUAAUAUUGGUCCAGAAAGUGAACCCUUGUUGCAAAGUGCAGCAGCAUUGGAUCAUUCGCCGGCCGGUAAAGAACUGGAGAAUAUCAAUUCAGCCCAUCCUACAUCCGAACAGAAAGUUGAAGGUCAAGCAACGGCUGAGGAAAAUAAACCACCACCUCUAACUCCGUCGGAGGAAAAGCCUCCUCAUGAAUCACAAGGAAAGAAAGAGGAAAAAGAGCAGGCCAAGUCACCACCAAAAUUGGAGGAAGACGAGAAAAUUUCUGAUAAAGAUGUCAAAGUUUGGAACGAGUUUGUAGAGAAUCUGAAGCCCGAGCACAAAGAUUUGUUGAAAAAACGCAAAAUUAAUGUGGAGCUUAUACAGAAAGGAGAUACAAACGAAGUCCUUAAAGUCAUGGACUUAGUUGUCAAGGGGACGAAGAAGGAAAGGGGAUUUUGGACCAAGUUUUUUAUCUACUGCUUAUAUGCAAUUGGUCUCGCCUCUUUCAUCUUUGUCGUUAUCCAAUUCAUAACCUUACACUCAAAGCCACGGGCAAGUGUUUAG